AUGUUCGUUAAGAUCAGUGUUGCAGUGGCGCUUCUCCGUAUCGCCGCCAAUCGUCAAUUCUUCACAUGGGGUCUGCGGGCUCUUAUUGGGGCUACUAUCGUUGCAGCUCUUGUUUUCUGUAUAGGUAUCGCAAAUAUCUGUCAUCCUAUCAACACUCUCUGGGGCGAGUCAAACGGCACCUGCAACCUGCAGCUCAACACGAACGUCAGUCUGUUCUAUUCAGCCAUCGAAAUUGCAGCAGACUUCAGUCUCUCAAUCAUGCCUGCGAUCCUGCUUUGGAAUGUUCAGAUGAAGGGGGCUGUCAAGGCUUCAGUGGCUGUGAUGCUAGCGCUCGCUUCUUUUGCAUCGUGCGCCACCAUCGUGCGUCUCAAGUACCUCACGCUUUACAGUGACCCUGGCGAGUUCAUGUACAGUACGGGCAAAAUCGGCUUCUGGUCUCUGACCGAAGUAGGCAUCGGCCUCAUCGCCGGCUCACUGCCUCCUCUUCGCCCUCUCCUCUCCCUUCGCAUCAGGGUAUCCGCAGGCUCUAAUACACCUGCCGCAUCCAGUGGAAGAGCAUACCAAUCGGGGACGAACGGCAGGCAGCCCACCUUGCGCUCGCGUGGGAUAGCUAUGGACACAUUCCAGACUUUGGGUGACAAUGAUGACGCUGAUCAUAGCGACGGCGACUCGCAGAAGAACAUUAUCAAGGAGACUAAGUUCACUGUAACAUCAACAAUUGCCGGAGGCCAUGGAAACCCUGGGUCAGUGUCUUGGGACCGUAAGGAGGGAAGCCAUGUCUGA